AUGGAUACUACGGAGAAAGCUAGACAGAAAUUGAUCGAAUUAUCCAGUUAUACAGAUCUGACCAAUGCAUGUGUUACCAGCUCGAACAUACUGGAAUGGAAGUCACUUUAUGUAGCCUUGCAUUUGACUGUUCCCGUUUUACCCGUUUUCAUUGCAAUUUUGAUAAUAAGAAGAAGAAUCGUAGUUAAACUGCUAAGUGAAUCGACGAUAUCUGAAAAAACCCGUCAUAUGCACUCACAAUUAUUGAAAGCAUUAUCUUUCCACGCAUGUCUGGCACUCUCAUAUCUUAUCACCUUGAUUAUUUAUGGGAUCGGAUAUGUAACAACAAAUUUUCCAUUGCUGCAAUACUCGUUCACGUUCUCGGCUCUUGUUCCCGUGCUGAGUCCUUUAUUGUCUCUCUAUUUUAUCAAACCAUACUGGGACCACAUUAGCCGGAUUUGGAAGAGCAAAGACAUUGCUGUAUCGUCGAUCACUGUUUCUGCAAGGGAUGUCGUGCAUAAUUACUUUUGA